AUGGACGUCCACUUACUCGUUUACGACCUCUCCGGAGGCCUGGCCCGGCAAAUGUCCAUGGGUCUUCUGGGUUUCCAACUAGACGCUAUCUACCACACGUCAAUUGAGCUGAACGGGCUGGAAUAUGUGUAUGAUGGCAACGUGGUCGCAAUCAGGCCGGGCUCUUCGCACUUGGGACAGCCAAUGCAGAGGUUGCACCUUGGGAAGACAGAACUGCCACUGAAUGUGAUCGAGGAGUACCUAGACUCACUGCGGGAGAUAUACACCGUCGAGGCCUACGACUUAUUCCGGCACAACUGCAACAACUUCUCCAAUGACUUUGCCACGUUUCUCCUGGGCAAAGGCAUACCCGACCAUAUCAUUAACAUGCCGCAAGCCGUGCUAGACUCUCCAUUUGGCCAGAUGCUCAUGCCCACCCUCACUCAGCAGAUCAACGCCAGCAAGCGUCGCGGUGGCAUCCUGGGCAUUGAGCAGCAAACCCCUGGAAGUUCAGUCAAGCCCCAGACCCAACUGCACCACCCCCUGGGCAAAGUACAUGUAGUCUCUAGUCUUGCUCAGCUCGACGAGCUGCUGGAAAAGUUCCGGAAAUCAUGCGCCGUUGUAUUUUUCACCUCAGCGACUUGCGCUCCGUGCAAGACACUCUACCCGCUGUAUGACGAGUUGGCUGCUGAGGUUGGGGAGAAGGGCGCCCUGAUCAGGGUGGACAUCUCACAGGCGUUCGACAUAGGCAGCCGCUACGCCGUCUCGGCGACGCCGACCUUCAUUACCUUCCUCAGGGGCGAGCAGGAAAAUCGAUGGAGCGGGGCGGAUCCGAGUGCUCUACGAGGCAACACCCAGCUCCUGGUGGAAAUGGCGUGGCCGGCACACCCGCACCAAGCACUCAACCUACCCACCUUCUCCAACCCCAACGCCGAACCCGUCAUCUUCUCCAAGGUGCCGCCUCUCCCAAAGCUCCUCGCCAAAAUGGGCCCCACCGCGUCAGAUCCGGCCAUACAGAGCAUGAAGCGCUUCAUCGAGACUCGAUCGUCCGAAGGACCAGCCGAGACCACGCUGCCGGACAUGGACGCGUUCACCGCGGUCGUGCGCGCCUCCCUCACCGCCCUGCCGACCGACCUCCUCUUCACCGUCGUCGACCUCCUCCGGUGCGCGCUCAUCGACCCCCGCGUGAGCGGCUACCUAGCCGAGGAACCCGCGCAGCGGACGGUGACGGCCGUGCUCGCGCACGUUGUGCACGCCCUGCCGCCCGCCGGCUGCCCCUACGCGCUGCGCCUCGUCACGCUGCAGAUGGCGUGCAACCUGUUCACGUCGCCGCUCUACCCGGACCGGAUCCUCGCCGCUGACAGCGAGACGCAGCGCCUGCGCGCGCUCCUCACGCAGCUCGUCGCGUCCAGCUUCCUCGACGCCGGCCACGGCAGCGUGCGCGUGGCCGCCGCCGGCCUGCUGUUCAACGUGGCGCUGGCCAACAGCAGGCGGCGCCGCGACGGGCCCGGCGACGCGCUGCCGGAGGCCGACCAGGUCGAGCUCGCGGCCGCGGCGCUCGAGGCGAUCGCGCAGGAGGCGGCGUCGGCCGAGGCGCUCGAGGGCAUGCUGCUCGCGCUGGGCUUCCUGGCGUAUCGGCUGCCGGUGGAGGGGGAGCUGGCGGACUUGCUGAGGACGAUGGAUGCGGCGGAUGUGGUGCUGGCCAAGGAGAAGGCGUUUCCCGGGCUGCGGCUGGUGAGGGAGGUUGGGGCGGAGCUGUUGGGUAAGGGGUUGAAGCGGGCAUGA